GUGCUAUUUGAGUAUUUAGGUUUUGGCAUCACCUACGUGUUUUCAUUAAAAAAAAAAAAACUUUUCAAUUGUAAAAGGAAAAAAAUUAAACCUUAUGUUUGUCUCCAGUUAGCAGAGAAAGGGAAGGGCGUGGAGAGUGUAUAAUUGGCACUUGUAGUGUACUGUAUCCCUGAUGCUGAGGCGAGGAUUGGGAAGCUUUGGUUGGAACUGGAACUCAUCGCAACACGAUACGAUACGGAACACCUUGAUGCGCCGGAAACACCUUUCACAUACCCAACCUCAACAACAAUAAACUAUUAAAGCAAUCCUAAAAACGUAUUGAUUAGUAUUAUUUAGUACCAAAAUCAGGAUGCCGGAGGUUAGAAUCAUUGCUAAGAAUUUCAUGGACAUGGUGGCUUCAAUGCCUGCCAUCAAGCUUGAUAAACUCUACCAGAAUGGAUUCAUCUGCGAAGCUAUUCUCAGGUCUCUUCCGCCUCUUGCAAAGAAAUAUGUGUUACAGCUACUGCAUAUUGAUGGACCAGUAUCAGCUAAAUUGUUGGAGGAAUGGGUGCUUCCAGAUGGACUAUCAAAGCACAAAGUCGCCAUUGAUAGAUUGGUUCAAUUGAGAGUUUUUGUUGAAGCUCUUGACAGGAAGAAUGAAAAAACUUACAAAGUUAAUUCAACAUAUCAGAGAAGUCUCCAGAAACUUUUAGUACAUGGUGGAACUUUGCCGAGAGAAUCAAUGCCUUCUAAUAUUACUGUGAGGCUCCCAACCUUAGAGGAUCUUGAGACUUAUGCUCUGGAACAAUGGGAGUGUUUCUUGUUGCAACUUAUAAGCCCAAGUCAUGUUGAGAAGACGUUAAAUAUAAGUUCUUCUUUGAUGAAAGUUUUCCAGCGGCGUCUCCUGAGUCAGAGAGACAAAGAAGCUCCAAAAUUAACUGAAAGUGGUUUUCAGUUUUUGCUGAUGGAUACAAAUGCACAGCUUUGGUACAUCAUCAGAGAAUAUAUCUCUAAUUCCGAGGAAAGAGGUGUUGAUGCAGGUGACUUGAUCUCAUUCAUGCUGGAGCUUAGUUUUCAUGUAAUUGGGGAGGCAUAUAAUAUAAACACAUUGACCGAUUUUCAGAGGAACAUAAUUAAGGACCUGGCAGACCUUGGGCUGGUCAAACUUCAACAGGGCAGGAAAGAAAGUUGGUUUAUACCAACGAAAUUGGCCACAAACCUUUCAGUGAGCUUGACUGAAUCAUCAUCAAGAAAGGAGGGAUUUGUUGUUGUGGAAACAAAUUUCCGAGUUUAUGCUUACUCGACUUCAAAAUUACAUUGUGAGAUAUUGCGGUUAUUCUCAAGGGUAGAGUAUCAACUUCCGAAUCUUAUUGUUGGAGCUAUUACAAAAGAAAGCUUGUAUAACGCUUUAGAAAAUGGCAUUACAGCAGAACAGAUAGUCAGUUUCCUUCGGCAGAAUGCUCAUCCCCGUGUUGCACAGAGGAUACCAGCUGUGCCUGAAAAUGUCACAGAUCAGAUUCGGCUGUGGGAAUCAGAUCUAAACAGAGUUGAGAUGACAGAAGCAUAUUAUUAUGACGAGUUUCCAUCCAGGGAUGUAUUUGAAGGCGCGUGUGACUGCGCCAGAGAAUGGAAUGGUUUGUUGUGGGAGAAUUCAAAGAAAAUGCAUUUGGUGGUCAAGUCUGAGGUGCAUUCUUAUGUACGAGAUUUUUUACGCCGCCAAAAGUAGUAGGAAAGCCACAAAAUAUGACGCAGCUUAUGGUCGAGUCAAUAUGCAAUGGAAACCAGGAUGAAGCAAUGUGGUCACACAGUUGGCAGCCAAAAUCAUUCUUUUUCUUUCUUUUGUAUCAUAUUUUUUUUCUCCUUUUAGAAAAGGGUUUUACUGUGAUGCUGUGAAACUUUUUAAAUUUAUUAUAGAAUUAAAAGAAUAUUAUAUAAUUUUGUGGUCAAAGUAUUUUAAAGCUUAACUUUUUUCAAAUUGUUUAAUUAUAUUAGAUGAAUAUACAUAUCAUUAAGAACUUCCUAA